AUGGAUGCUUCUGUGGUGCUGUCGUCAGAUACCCUGUCGCCGUGUUGCGCGAGUGAUGUCUCCAUUUUAGUGGGCCAACGGAGCUUCACUGAAAAUGGUGAGGGUCGUGAGUGCUCGGUGCUCAUCGUUUUUGACUCAAUAUCCUGCGCGGACGCGGAUCUCAUCGCCGAGCAGGUGGAGUGCCUCGAGCAGGUGCUGCCCUGCGGGAUCACUUUUUUGGGUUUGCUGGUGUCUGGCGAGAGCGCUGAAAAAGUUGCCGCUUGUCGGCGGUCUCUCAAGGACUGCCCGCGGGAGAGCCCGCUGUUCGUGGCAACAUGUAAUGGCGGCAAUGUGACGCAGUGCCGACUGGUGCACUCAGGGAAGGAGGUUCCUCUAACUUUGCUUUCCGAAAAGCCUCGGUUUGUCUUAAUGGCGUGCUAUUUGAGGUCACCACUGGACACCUUACCACUGGUAGUGAGAACCAGAGGUGGGAACGCCACCAACUGCGCAGUGAUAGACCUCAAUAGUGCCGUUCCCCUAGGCCACAGCGAUAUCUGGGCUUCCGCUGAUGGUCUUUAUGCUGUGCAGCUGGGUGGCACGGCUGACAACAGCAAUGGGGGCUUGAUGUGCUUGCAUAUCACCUUCACCCCGCUCCAUUCCUGUGGACGGGAUUUGUACCGUGCGAUAUGUGCUCUCCUACCGAGAAUGAAGCAACAGCCACAGGGUGUUUUGGUGCGCGUGCCGUCGAGACGGAACCCUGCGCUCGCUUACCAGUGGAUUUUUACCCCCACUGAGGGGAAGUCUUAUGUCCCCUCCAAGGCUCAGUGGGGCAAGCUUAGAGAGUUGAUUGAGGAUGGCACAGGAGAGAAUGUGGGACCAUUACAAGUGGUGACGGACGGCAAUGUUGAACCACCACAGGUGCCAGCAGUGCAUGGAAAGAAGGGAGACAAGUCAACUGAGAAGCGGCAAGCAGGUGCAAAAAAAGAUACCGUUCGGAACGAGGUGCAAGGCACUUCCUCGAUGGCGUUUGUACCAGUCGCUAUGAUUGCUUUCAUUGCCCUUGCAGUAGCAUUUCUGUGGCCGAGGUAG